GUAUGAAAUCCAAACACUCCAGUAAAGUCUGAGUGUUGCAGCUCUGGUUGUCAGAGUGCUGUAACGCCUGUUUCCCCCUCAGCUCUCCGGCUGUGAGUGAUCACUCCGUGGGGAGGAGCUGUUUCCUCAACGCACCACAGAGUGCAGCCGCAGUCAAGUGUAGGUGGUGUUCAGUGUUAAUGAAGCUGGUCUCAUGUCGACUGAUGGCCCAGAGGCGACGGAGAAAAUAAAGUCCUCGGUUCUUGGCCUGUCUUAAAAAAGUUCAGCGGUCACUUCUAAACUUGUUUUUACCGGCAGCAGGACUCAGUGCGCAGCAGCUACGCCCCGGGGCCGAAAUUAAGGACUCACUAUGUCUGAUGGGGAGUAUGAUUACCUCAUCAAAUUCCUAGCCCUCGGUGACUCUGGCGUGGGAAAAACAAGUUUCCUCUACCAAUACACGGAUGGAAAGUUCAACUCCAAGUUCAUCACUACAGUGGGGAUAGACUUCAGAGAAAAGCGAGUGGUCUACAAAUCAACAGGUCCAGAUGGAUCUUCAGGAAAAGGACAGAAGAUCCACAUGCAGCUGUGGGACACUGCAGGACAGGAGAGGUUUCGGAGUUUGACGACUGCGUUCUUCAGAGAUGCAAUGGGUUUCCUCCUCCUCUUUGACCUCACGAAUGAGCAAAGUUUCCUCAACGUCAGAAACUGGAUGAGUCAGUUACAGAUUCACGCAUACUGCGAAAACCCAGACAUCGUCCUGUGUGGCAACAAAUGCGACCUGUCAGAUCAGAGAGCAGUCAGCGAAGACGAGGCCCGCGAGCUGGCAGAGAAGUACGGAAUCCCAUACUUUGAGACAAGUGCUGCGAACGGGCAGAACGUGAACCAGGCUGUGGAUGUCCUGCUGGAUCUUAUUAUGAAGAGGAUGGAACGAUGUGUUGACAAGUCCUGGAUCCCCGACGGGACCGUCCGAGCUAAUGGACCAACCAACCCAGACAUCUCAGAGAGCUCGGACAAGAGCAAAUGUGCAUGUUAAGAGAGAUGAGGAGCCAUGUUACAUAUCUGUAACCAUAAUACUGGUGAAAAACAUAGGAAGACAACCAAGUUCAAUGUUUCACAAAGUGGGAGUUUCUAUUGUUUCUGUGUUAAGUAAACCUUCACAUUCAUUUGUGUCCAUUGCCCCACAAACGGUGCAUACUUUUAUUGACAUGCUGUAUUAUUUGUCAGGCAAGAGUAAAGUGCCUUUUGAAUAUGGGCAUUUUCAUUAAGGAUUAAUGUCAUGGGUCUUUUGAAUAAUUAAUUCAUUUUGAUUAUGAGUCUGGGAUAUUUAUUUCUUUGCUUAAAAUGUCCAACUCUGCUGUUGAAUAUGCUGAUCAUAUUUUCAGGUAUAAACUUUGUGCUUCAUGUUGCAGCAAAAUGGGCUGCUCCACCAGAUGUGCUAUGAAUAUACUGUUGAUACUUUCUGUAAAGUUAGAGUAGAUUCUAGUACACUAGUACUAAGUCACAUUUAUUUGACUGUAGUCACUGUUUGUAGGUGGAGAAAAAGUGGCUUUGAUUGUACUUUUAACCAGUUAUGAACUACUGAAGCUCUCCUGAAUGUCUAGCUGAUUACUGCAAUCUCACCUGUGCCGCCACACACACACACACACACAUAUAUAUAUAUAUAUAUAUACAUACAGCAUAAGCUUGAUGGACACUGUACACACACUGUAUUUUCUUUAUUAAAACAGUACUUGUGCUGAAUUACGUAAUGCAGUUGGUCAGCUAUACUUCAUUGUAUACAGUGACAGGUUUGGCCAAUAAUUAUAAUAAAGGAUGUUCAUUAGUUUGAUAAGAGGAAUAAAUAUGUCCUGAAAAGCAACAGUGAAAACCAGAAACUCAGCUAAUUCAGUUAAUUCAUCCUGCUGUAUGAAACACCUAUUCAACAGAUGAUUACAUAAAUACAAAAAAAAAUAAAAAAAAUCGCCUUGCUGUAGCUUUUGAGCAUAUUUUAACUGAUUUGAACAAAAUGUGUUUCUAGAAUUAGAUAUACCUUUUAAACUACAAUAUCUGUUUGGAGACAGUUCACUCAUUUGUAUUUUAGCUUCAGGUUUUUAAAAAAUGGUUUGUGCUGCCUCCAAAUUAAAUACAUACAAAGUAAAGCAAGAAUUGUUUUAGAUGAUGGAGUUGGAAUUUCAUCUUCACCCUUGUGAUAGUUCAUUGACUCUCUUCCUCUGCAGCUCCCAGAGUCAAACUUUGUCAACAUUUAGUAAUGCCAGCUGUGGAGAGGCCGACCCUCCCUGGAUCCAGUCCCCUGCAUUGCAAUUUUUUUUUUUCAUUAUUCACUUGUUUACAGUUUUGAAUUAUAUACGUUUAAAAGUAUUUUCCCGAGGUGAGAUCCUAGAUUCACACACCUAGUACUGAGCCUCAGGAUAACAGAUGAGCUUGAGUUAUUCCUGGGGUUCCCAUUGUGUUUUACAGUGGAGCUGGGCCACUUUGCCUGAAACAAAAACCAACUCUCAGAAAAAAUUAAUAAUGCUCUUUUAUAACAUUUAUGUUAUAAAACAGUAUCAUUAAUUAACCUUCAGAGAAAAUUAGCUGAGGUGCUAAUUUCACACAGAAAAUGCCUCAUAUUCUAAUUGUUUCAUAAGACAUUAGUUAAACAAAUUUCUAUUAGUGACAUGCUAACUAGAUAAUAUACAGUCCAGUAGCUUGUUAAAUCUGAUGGUUUUGAUGUCAAUACAUUUUGUUUGCCAUGUUUUAAGUAAGGCAGUGUAACUGGGCCUGCACCUCAGUUUAUCUGAUGGGAAGCAUUUACAGUCCUAAUGUCUACCCCUCCAGAUCAGUUUAUAAUACCUAUGAUAUUUAAUAUUUUACAAAAAUUGAUUGUUUUUACACUUAGUAAAACAUAGAGGUGGCAAACUGUAUUUAAAAGUUCACACACAGAUCUACCUUGUUUGUAUUACACUCUCAUUCUUUCCUAUAUAAAAGGGUGAAUGAUGAAUGAUGUUAGUUAAGACAUUAAUAUAUUUUUCCUUUCACCGUUUCAGUACACAUUUUUUAAACAUUUAUCGCUGAAAUUAAAUUUGAUCAGUUAAGACUGAACUGAAAUAUUUCCUAUUUUCAACUGUGCCACACUUUCAUAUGCAAAAUAUGUAAAUUAUUUCCAAAAAUAAACAUUUUUAUUUAUGUA